UUUUCCAUGUGAGAGAGAUUUUUAAUUUGAAAAGCCUUACGAGCGUCAGUCGUUCUGGAGAUCUCGCGAGAGUUGGCGUCUUCACAUACGUGGCUUUUCUGUCUGCUUUUCCGGUUUGGGUGAAUUGCUACUAACCGUCAACAUGGAGCUGGAGGCAAUGACCAGAUACACGAGUCCUGUGAACCCGGCUGUGUUUCCUCACCUCACCGUGGUGCUGCUCGCCAUUGGAAUGUUCUUCACAGCUUGGUUCUUUGUCUACGAGGUAACGUCCACAAAAUACACACGAGACGUAUACAAGGAGCUGCUCAUCUCACUGGUCGCAUCACUAUUCAUGGGCUUCGGUGUUCUCUUCCUGCUGCUUUGGGUUGGAAUCUAUGUGUGAUGGUUGCAGAUUGUCAAGAACAUUCCAACGGCUCUGCUUUACUUUAGUGCUUAUAGAUGUCACACACACACACACACACACACACACACACACAAGGGUUGCAAAUUGGACUUUGCACUCCUGGUUUGAAUUCACCAAUAAAGAUUUUGUACAAAUGUUA